CAAAGCAAAGAGGCCAGGAACAAACGUGUCUUGGGUUGCAGUCCACAGAAGAAGCAAAAGCAUUCCAAAUCAUCUUCUAAGAAACAUGCAAAAAGCCAAAGUUAGGAAAAUCAGCACAGAAACCUUCACUUCUAUGUUACCCAAAGAGCGAAAAGAUCAGCUCUGUGACUCACUAGGAGAUGUGGAUCUGACUCUUCUCUAUAAGGCUUCCGUUCAUGGAUAUAAAGCUUCUGCAUUUCAUCAGAGAUGUGACCACCAGGGUCCAACUAUACUAGUAGCCUACAAUCGUUCUGGCUACAUAUUCGGUGGAUACACUAGUGUAGAUUACACUCAAAGUGGCCGGGAAAUUAAAGAUGAUGAGGCUUUCCUGUUCAGCUUUCACGGUGGAAACUCUAGCUUCAUUAAGGUUAACAGUGGAUAUAAUGCACGUUAUGAUGAUAGUGGAGCACCUAACUUUGGCCAUCAGUUAUACUUUUGCUACAACAAUCAAUCAUGUGUCCUUUAUAAAGGAGAAACAAGUUCUUUCAACAUUAAUACCUCAUCAGUGUAUGGCAAUGACACUCAGUUGGUGGAAUGUGAGGUGUACAAAGUUGAGCAGGAUCCCCAAGUGAGUGUUGAAGAGAAACCAUGGCGGAAAGUUCUGUGGACGGCUGAACGAAAAGCAGAGCUCAUGGGGUUAAUCAGAAGUCAUAAACCCCUGAUUUCAUCUGCGAGUCGGGUCAGAAUCCUAAUGAUUGGUCCUGUUGGUGCUGGAAAAUCCAGUUUCUUCAACUCCAUCAACUCCAUCUUUACUGGUCAUGUGACCAGCAAAGCCAUGUCAGGAUCUGCAGGCACCAGUCUAACUGUACAGUUUCGCACUUACCCAAUAAAUGACGGUCGUGAAGGAAAGCCAUUGCCAUUUGUGUUGUGUGACACCAUGGGCCUCGAGGAGCAAUCAGGAGCAGGACUGGACAUUGAGGACAUCAGCAGCAUUCUUCAAGGACACAUACCAGACCGCUACAAAUUCAACCCUGCAGCACCAUUUCAACCUGAUGAGCAAAAGUCCUCCAGACCUGCGUCUCUACAGGAGAAGAUCCACUGUGUGGUGUACGUGAUCGACGCCACCAAAAUCUCCCUCAUGUCUGAGAAACUAGAGGAAAAACUGUCUGCCAUACGCAGAAAAGUCAACUCACUGGGCAUUGCACAGAUUGUCUUGAUGACAAAAGUUGAUGAAGCUUGUCCUCUAGUGGAUGAAGACCUUGAAAAUGUUUAUCUUAGUUCCUACAUCAAGACGAAAGUGCAGGAGGUGAGCUCUCGGUUGGGUGUGCCGGUGUCUUGUGUUUUACCGGUGAAGAACUACAGUCAGGAGCUAGAGCUGGAGCUCAACUGUGACGUCCUGCUUCUCACCGCUCUACAGCAGAUGCUUCGUUUUGCAGAUGAUUAUUUCGAUGAUAUACAACAACCUGUGGAGGGCAAGCCUGUCUGAAGCUUUUUCUCAUUUCUUGUGGCUGAACUGCAAAAAGGUCCAAUUAAAAGAUAUGCAAAUCAUUUACACAGCAUAAAAGCGGCUAAAUACAAAUGUACUUAAAUUGCAUGAAAGUUUGACAUUUCAAUAAAACCUUAUCAUUCACAUUC